AUGCCGAACCCGGGUGGCUACGCCCUCGUCCUCAACCCCACCAUUGUCGCGCCUCGGCGCACGUGCAAGUUCUCCCGGGUCCUCAUCGACGGCGGCAACAACAUCAACAUCCUCUACCGUGACACCAUGACCAAGCUCGGCCUUGAGGCCAAAGACCUGGAGCCAACGCGGACGAUCUUCCAUGGAAUCAUUCCCGGCCUCUCCUGCUCCCCGAUCGGCCGGAUCCGGCUCGACGUCCUGUUCGGCACCAGCGACCACUUCCGACGCGAGCCACUCUGGUUCAAGGUGGUGGAUCUGUCCAGGGCGUAUCACGCGCUGCUGGGCCGGCCCGCACUCACCAAGUUCAUGGCAGUCCCCCACUACGCCAGUCUGAAGAUGAAGUUGUUAGGUCCGAAGGGCCUCAUCACCAUCACCAGCGACUACCGCAAGUCCCUGGAGUGCUCCCUAGACGGUGCCAGACUGGCCGAGUCGCUGGUCAUAGCCGAGGAGCGGUGCCAGCUCGACCGGAUCGUCGCCCUGGCCAACAAGAUGGCGGCCGUGCCGGUUCCUGCCGAGGAGCCGUCCGACGAGGCCUCGUUCAAUCCCUCCAAGGAGACCAAGAAGGUCAAGCUAAACCAAGAAGACCCCAGCUACAGCAAGUACAUUGUCAUGGGCACCCGCCUCGACAUCAAAUAG